AGUUGCUCAUCCAUAACAAUUUUGUCUUAGUUACACAUAUGCUUAGCAGCUGAUUCUGUUACAUGUAUGACGUUUGCAAUUUAUAAGUAUUCUUUUCUAUGACAUAAGCUAUAAAGUUGUUCCUGUUCACCUUUAUUCUCGGCUUGAUGUAUAUCUAAACUCGGAACAUCUGUCUUCCUCUGGCGACUACCCAGUGGGGAUUCCGGAUCUGAUUAGGUGCUCAAUAUAGAAUAACUCCAUGCAUCUACGUAUCAAUUACAUAAGGGACCGUGUGGUCAGGCUCUGCGUGUCAUAGUUGCUCACGCUUUCAUUCACUGGUUUGCCUGGCUUUCACUUCAUUACUUACAGGCCGUCUGGAUACAACUGGACUAGUGCUGGCGGUAAACAAUAUUCACUCACUCACUCACUCACUGUAUGACUUUGUGAGGCUGACGUACUACUUUAUUUCUCCCCUUAGCGACAACUCGUUUAAUUUCUUGAAUAGAAUGUUAAAAUAUCGGGAAAAUUAUAUGCAUUUGAAAACGACAUGUGGACUAUUUAAGGGUUUAACGCCGCUUUGAAUAACGUUUUUGCUACCGUAUAGACUAUAUCAUGACAAGCCAGCUUGAUGUAAAGGGAAGUUCAAAAUGACGCAUGCCGUUGAUGUGCGUGCGUGCGUGCGUGCAUGUGUGUGUAUGUAUCUAGCCUGGUGGUUUAAAGCAUUUACUCAUCACGAUCAACCAGCUCAUUGCAUCAAGAAUGCAGUUCCGCGAAACCGCUCGCUGAGUCACUUUACGGACAAGAGACAUACCUCUUCUUUCCGCUUCCGCGAACUAUUAUAUAAUUACUCAUUUCAAAAGUGCAACAAUGACUCAUUUCCGCAUUCUUGCUCAAUGAGAAAAAAAUAGAACACUUUAUACUUUAAUUCCGAUAUCUCAUGUAAACACUCAUAUAAAUAGAAAACAUACAGUUCAAAUACUAGUAGUUACUCACAACCACAGGUCUAUGCUGAAGGAAUAAAAAAAUUAAGGCAACAGACACAUAAGAUGUGACUCUUAUGACAUGUAUUUAUAGAUCGACUCAUCACAUGACAUUCGUAGGCAGGUUUAAGGUGUUUGUUUAACAGUGCGGGUUUUAUCUCACGAAGCUUACUUUGGGUUCACCUUCCUGGUUACGUGGGCAUGGCGUUGUGUUGUAUCUCUAACCCUUGCUUGCAUCGUGUUUGAGUUUACCCUGGUUUGUUUCAGGUAUUUAUCAACUCGUCCACACUGGGCAACGAUCUCUAAUGUCAAGCACAAACACAACCUUCAGCGACCACGACGUCAACGUCCACCUACGUCGUUAUGAUGACCUCUACGCCAACAAGUAUCUACCAGCUAUUGUGUUGGUGUCGGUGUUGAUGGCAACAGGCAUAAUCGGCAACUCUCUGGUCUGUUUUGUGUAUCUGGUCAAGUUCAAGUCGAGUACCGUCCGCUGUUUCAUUGUGUCCCUUGCGGUCAUUGAUCUUAUUAACUGCGUGAUAAGUUGUCCAUUUGACAUAGCGGAUAUGCGUUAUCGCUACACAUUUGGGUCUUACGUCGUCAUGUGUAAAAUGAUGCGUGUGUUUGUAACGUUUACGUCAGUGUCUUCAGGUUUAGUUCUCAUACCUGUAGCCGUGGACAGAUAUAAGAAAAUAUGUCGGCCAUUACAGAAACAGAUGGACAUCCGCUCUGCCAAGCUGGCCAUAGGUGCCUGUUGUACACUCGGGGUUGUGGUGGGGGUUCCUGCAAGUGUGUUCUACGGACCACGGACCGUUACCACUGACAUUGCAUCAAUUAAUGGAUCAGAUUGCAGUACACCUGACAUUUAUGUUGGGACUCCAUAUCCACUGAUUUAUAAUGGAUUCAAUUUAACAAUUUUUCUGACAACGACGGUAUCACUGAGUGUGUUGUAUUCGCUUAUAUGGUGUCAGAUACGAAAACAGCGGAAUUACAGGAAGGCCUUGCAGGCAAAAUCUGUAAAAUGUCGUCAUUCGAGUUCAUGUGUUGCAACUGAUACUGAGUCUGUGACGCAAUCUCGACGGAAACAGGCUGAAACAGCACCUUAUGAGGACAAUGCGUCUUUUGGUGGCGAACGGGAGCCCCCUUCCUCAUUGACUGAACGUGUCACUGACGGUCACAUCGAAUACGUAUCCUCACAAUCAGCCGAGGAAACGGCCAGCCAAAUGUCAUCUAAGAAGGAAGUCCCGACACACGAUACCGCGAAGUCACAACGCGUACACAAGACAUCACCCCCUGGACUUGCGAAGAGCGAGGCAGCGAUAAAGAAGACAACGUUGAUGUUGUUUUUGAUAACGCUGACAUUUGUACUAAGCUUCCUGCCUCAUCUUAGUCUCAUGGCUGCCAGAGCGGUCAACAAGGAAUUCUUUGAUAAAGUUGACACGCCACAGUUCGGGGCUUUCUAUUUCUUUUUCAAGUCCUACUUCAUUAACAGUGCAUUCAACCCCAUCAUCUACAGCUUCUUCAACCCCCUGUUUCGCAGGGAACUCGUGGCUGUUGUGAAGAGGUUUAGGUGCAAACGAUAAACACUUUCCGGGUUUUCCUCUCACAUCAAGCUGCCACGCCUUUACAUAACUGGAAUACUGUUAAAAGAAUCACUCGCUCACAUCACAUCGUAGGUUUUCGUACACGUUGCGUUUAUAUUCUAUGUUGACCUCCGACCCAGCACGUUCCUUCGGUCGUAAGAGGCGCUCAAAUAUAUCGGGAUUCAUGCUCAGUGAUUUGGUUGAUUGCGUGUCAGCCUACCCCGACGGCAUGGAUCGUUGCUCAUCAUAUCAAUCACUGGAUUGCCUCACCCAGGCUCGAUUAUUUACAGGCCACCGUCAUAUAGCUGGAAAUUUGCUGCGUUUGGCGUUAAGCAACAAAGAAAAAAAUACAAGCAAACAAACAGAAAAUUGUAAACAAUAAGCACAGUGUACGUUUUCAUAUCAUAUGUAGCUUUUACGUCUCAUGGGUUUAUAGUAUUUGUUGAACAGUUAUGAUGCAAAUGAUACACUCUUUACGUUGUAACUAUUUAUAUCUCAUGUUGCGUUUAUAGUAUUUGUUGAACAGUUAAGAUGCAAAUGACGAACACUUCACAUUGUAACUUUAUAUAUCUCAUGUCGCAUUUAUCGUAUUUGUUGAACAGUUAUGAUGCAAAUGAUACACUCUUUACGUUGUAACUAUUUAUAUCUCAUGUUGCGUUUAUAGUAUUUGUUGAACAGUUAAGAUGCAAAUGACGAACACUUCACAUUGUAACUUUAUAUAUCUCAUGUCGCAUUUAUCGUAUUUGUUGAACAGUUAUGAUGCAAAUGAUACACUCUUUACGUUGUAACUAUUUAUAUCUCAUGUUGCGUUUAUAGUAUUUGUUGAACAGUUUAGAUGCAAAUGACGAAUACUUCACAUUGUAACUUUUCAUAUCUCAUGAUGCGUUUAUAGUUUUUUGACAGUGUGCCCGCCUCAAUGACACGUGACCAAUUCAACUAAUCAGAAUGCAGGAAUUUGCGUUUAUAGUAUCUGUUGUUAACUUUUUCACUGUGAAUAAUUUAGCUGCGUACAAUAUACAAAUAAAAGUGCAGUGUUGAGGAACAUUGUAUACUGUUUAUACAACCUAAAUAUGAUCGUUUCACUUUUCCUGCUAAGAAUGAGAUCAUUUGAAGGUGUUGCUUGGCAACCAUGCUAUUUGUGAACACUUGUGAUAGACUGUCACCAGGAUGUAAAACUUAGACAUGGCUAUGUCUUGUGCUUACACGCUGAAUCAUGUGCUUACACGCCUUGUGAUUUUGUGUCAUUAAUUUUGUAUUCACCUGCAUGAUGUAUAGCAUUACACUUCCGAAUGUAAAUUGCAACAAGGAAAUAAAGAUCCUCAACCACGAAAUAAUCGAUUUCGUGCCAG